AUGGGUUUCUGGUCAGAAAGGUACUGGUUACCGCGUGAAGUCACUUGGGACCAAGUGCCGUCUCAGUUUUCGGAUCUUGCGGUACCAAUCUUUCUUGCCUUUCCUAUGUUCAUUAUCAGGUUUGUUACUUUGGAUCAAACUGUUGCAGUUCAAUUUUUUCGAUUAGUUUUUUUUUGCGGAAAGAAAGCCUGCUUUUCUUGAAGCACCGAAAAAAAUUGUCAAAUUUCCUGCUUCAAUAUGGUCAAAAUUGCUUCAGUUUUCUGAAUCUUUCGUCACUUAUCGAUCAAUCGUCCUGUCCACCAGACAUGGUGCAAACUCUGACUCACUUGGACCGCAUAGUUGCAGUAAACCGCUUAAAAAGAAAGUGAACAUGUGAAUUUGAAUACACUGAGAAAAGAGAAUAUCCGUUUUUUUUUUCAAUCUAAUGGAAUUACUAACUUGUAAUCUUCUCAUUUUCAGAAUUCUUUGGGAAUCUUUUGUUGGCGUUACUAUUGGACAUUACCGCGGUUACUACCCAAAAGGAACCACCCUUAGUGGCAAUGUAAGUUCGAAAAAAAACUGAUGUGUUUAGUCAUGAAAAUCUAGAUUUGGAACCACUUGACCGGUGGUUUUGCUCAAAAUUCGCGACCCAAGCGAAUCCUUGAAUGUUUCUCGCGGUUUUGUUACUACACUGCGGCCUUCAUCUACGGUUUCCAUGUGCUGCGAGACCAGAUUUGGCUUUAUGACGUUAAACAAUGCUGGGUGAAUUAUCCAUAUCAUCCGAUUUCAGACUCUGUUUGGUUCGUAUUUCGUUGCAUUUUUUUAUUUCAAGCAAGAAGAUUCUGAAUUUUUUAUCGACUUUGUGUAUAUUUUAGAUAUUUAAGAAUAAAAUUAGUUGUAAAAAAUAGCAAUCACCAACGUUUUCGUCAUUCGCCACGUGUCGUCGAAUUUUCUUCGUUCUGAUAAGGAGUCUAGUGCGGUUUGAUAAGCAUGAAAGGAAAAAAGCAAAAAAAGAUAUGGAAAAAAAAAAUCAAGUUUUUAGAGGAAAAAGAAUUUUAAGCAAAUUUCAGGUGGUAUUAUAUGGUGGAGACGGGUUUCUACUACUCUCUUUUGUUGGCUACCUUCUUCGAUACCCGCAGAUCAGAUUUUUGGGAACUUAUCCUUCAUCAUAUCAUCACCGUAUUGCUUCUUUCUGCCAGUUGGGCGAUCAAUUUUGUCAGGUUCGUCGCCUGGUGAGGGAUCGAAAGCCUUUUAUAGUUGAGAGCAGAAUUGUUGACCCGCGAAGUGGUUACACUGUCAAAAAAAGCCGUUAUUCCUAAUUGUUUUAAUAGCUGGUUUUUUACUCAUUUUCAAAUUGGCGGGUCGGGUCUCUUCGGGGUGACUGCUUUAAAACUCGGGGCAUCCCGUCGGUAGCUCUGGUUGCGAGGGUCUUAGAAAAUAAUUGGAAAAUGGAGGCUAGGAAACUUUUUCUUGUAACAGUUACGUGAAUCUCACAAAUUUCUUAUGGUUUUUCAGUUUUAAGUUUACGAUCUUUCAUCAUCAUAGAUAGUUUUGAAAAAAAAAACUCUUCUCAAGAGCUACAUGAAAAGAAAACGUUUUUCUUGUGUUCUGCUCAGGUGUUUCAGAACGGAAAAGAGAGCAUUUGAAGUAAAUGUUUAAAGUAAAAUAAAAUGUUCCUCAUUAAAUCAGACUUACCUGCAUCUGUUCCUUCCCGCUGAAAAAUAUCUCUCACCGACUUUUCUACCAUGCAAAAGCUCUUUUUUUCCUUGAAAGUCCAUAUACCUCGAAAUGUUGCUCAGAAGAUAGACAGCAGGCUAGUCCGCAUACAUCAUUUUAGAGAGUACGGUAAACUUGGAGAGUCCAGAACUAUAUGCUCCCCGUUCUACACACUGUCUUAGGACUUGCGCGCUCGCAUGCCAGUCUUACGAAAACGGCAAGCCAACGUGCAGGCUUCAUUUUUUUUUUCUCGUAUAUUUUUUCGGAUACGCGUUGGUCUGCCGUCUUUCUUUCAAGUAUUUCAAAUCAGCGAUGAACGAGUUUGAAUAUUUUUUUCAGAGUGGGCACUUUAGUUCUGAUCUCGCACGAUGUGUCGGAUAUCCUGUUAGAAGGCGGGAAGCUGGUCCGAUACGACAAACACAACAAGACGCUGACGAACAUAAUGUUCGUUCUGUUCUUUGCCAGGUUUUCUUUCUGAUAUGAAUUGGAUGAGUGUCGAAUUUGAAGUUGGAUCCUAACCCGCCUCGUUUAUUACCCUCUUGUCGUCAUCCGUUCUGCCGUUUUCGAAGCGGCUGACCUCAUACAAGAUGACUAUGAUUUGACCGACUUCACUAUGGUUUGUUGAAUCUUUUUCUUUUUCAGUUUGGGAAAGGACGUCAAAGGCCGUGAAAAAGACCUCUAAGUACAGACAUUUUCUGAUGAUAUCAAUGGCAGCCAGAUCACUCUUUUGUGAAGGAGCGCUUCAAGAAAAGAUCGAUUCAUAGGAUAUAUAUUUCUCUCUUUUUUUCACAAACUCUCGAAUUCUUCAGUCUUGGCCAUUAGUUCUGUUCUACCAUAUUUUUGUAAUGUCUGUAUUAGGUCACUGGAGUAAAAAAACAAAAGUUAAGUGUUUUCAAGUCUUCUGGUUUUUUUCUUCGAGGGAGCAACAUGGAGAGCCUUUCAGCGACGUGAAAGCAUCUCAUUGGCUAUUUCUCUCGAAAAAAAUGUUUUCAGGUCCCUUACGCGCCUCGGUUGAUCGUGAUGAUGCUGGUGAUGCUUUUGUUCCUGCACGUCUUCUGGACUUUCAUCAUCAUGCGCAUCGUGAUCCGCACGGUGACGGGCCGCGAUGCGAAGGACGUCCGCUCGGACUCCGAUUCAGAUUACGACGAGGCUGAACAGGCCAGGAGAGCCAGUCGUCGCAAACUGCUUCGAAAAAAGAAGGCGAACGACGACGUCGACGAUUCUGAAGGCGAUAAUGACGACGUCGCCCUUUCCGAAAGUCGGCAGAAUGGUCAGGCUAGGAAACGCACUGUUCGCAGGGAAUGAGACGUCUUCUUUCUUCGAUUUUUUUGAAGUUGAUCUCUAUUCGAGUUUGCUGUUGUUGUUUUUUUUGUUUCUAUUAACUGGCUCAAUUUUGUUUUUCUUCUUUUCUCAAAAUAGUACAGCCAAAAAACGACAGCCAGAUUUCCUCAAAUUUCUUCUGUCUGAUAUUAUUUCAAGCUCCUUCUUUUUUUUUCUUUUUUUGAUUUUUUGACAACCGUAUUUCUUGUGCCUUUUUUAAACUUUCACUUUAUUCAUAUUGCUUCUCGAGUUUAUAUCCCUCUGUUCUUAUUUGGGUCAAUCUUACCUGUAUUUUGUUGAAAUGUUCGUAUUAAUUGACCAAUGUAAGAAAAAAAGCUUUUUGAAUGUUUAGCUAUAAAGCAUUUUAUGUUUUCUCUUGGGUUUUUUCAAUCAUACGUUUUUGUAAACUCGUCAAAAAAAGCAAUUAUCGUGAAAAAUUUUUGCUGGAAAAAAAUGCUAUAAAAAAAUACUGGGGUGAUUCUGGGUUUUUUUGUCCAUUUACCAACUUUCGAUAUAUAGUUGUCAAGUUGGUAAAUUUCUAUGAUCUUAUCCUAGAAAAAAAGAGAAGCCAGGAUAAAUAAGUAGUGAAUUCUUGUUUUAUUUUUUUGAAAUUAAUUACAAUUAAUUUUUCAAAAAAAUAAAUUAAAAUCCAUUAUUUUUUUAUUGGAAACGUAAGAAAUAGAAAAAGAAGGCAUAUAUAGCAUGCAAAACGAAGAGAAUUCGGAUGUGUAGAAUCCGUAAAACAAAAUAACAAUAAUAUUCCAUAUUUUUCACCUAACUUUAACAGUUUCAACUAUCUGAAUCACGAUAUUUGCAAGUAACGAAAAAAGUUCGAAAUUCGUACUGGGAAAAGUACAAACCACAAAAAAGAUUCGACCUCUACCCGCUCCGAUCAAAGUUCAGAUUCGACGGAACACAUUUAGAAAAAAGAGGAAGUAUGACAAUUGAAAGUUGGUCUUUAUCAGAGCGGCAGGCAUGGGAAUGGGCCGACAAGAAUGAUUUCGGAGGCGUUGCUAGGGAGCCCGGAGGCACACCGGCGGCAUGGCGGAAUGCGUGCGGGUGAUCACCAGAUGUCGUCCUUUCAACGACCGGGAAAAAGCGCUCAGCUCGAAGGUUGGUAAAUGAAUGUCCUCAUCAGUCUUGGGUCUUUUGAUGUGGAGGCGGAGAAGAUCCUUUCAGUAGACAAAACACGUCUUUGUAGUCGCAGACAUUCGUUCCGAGUACAAUUUUCCAGCUUUUUUCAAGUUUCCUUGCUCUCGAACAACGGAAAUUACGGUUUUGUGAACGCCGUACUGAUUUUCGCUUCGAAAAAAUGAUAAUAUGCUAAUAAAACUUGAUAUCGAUAGAAAGUAAAGUUUUGUUUUUUUGUUGCAAAACUUGUCCUCGAAUGUUAAAAAAAUCUUUCUUCAAUUUUUAAAAAUAAAAAGUCAGCGUUAAUAUUCCCACAAAAGGGGUAUUUAAGUAUAAAAAAACAAAAAAAUCGAAGAGAAUUAAAAAUUGAGAUUGAACUUUAGAGUGAAAACUUGUAUCAAAUAUCCUGCUUUCAAUUUGGAGAAAAAAACGAUGUCUCAAAGGUUAGGAAAUUUUCUUACGUAUACUUCUUCUAGGAAGUAUUUUUUUAAGCUCCUUUCAGAGGCUCCGAUUUUUUUAUCUUGAUAUUUUUUUGACUUGCUCUACUUUUUUUAGAUUUUUUUCUUCUCAGUUAUCCUUCUUCCCUAUUCAAAUUCAGAGUCUCAUAAAAGAAAAACACGAAUUCAAGGUACGAAAGCUCAACUUCUGCUGUUUGUAUGCGCAAUAAACCAAAUUUCUCGAAAAUCUCACCGAUGAAUACCUACAAAAUUGUUUUUCUCGUAGGGUUUUAUUUCUUGUUUUUGUGUUUUGUUUUCUGAAUUUUCUUAAGAAAAGAAUCGUCGCAAAUCAUGAGUCUCAAGUGAAGAAAACAGUUACUGAAUUCGAAAAAAAUGAGAUUUCACUGCGCGCGGAGUCAUUUCCAUGGUGACGUUGCUGCGAUUUUUGUUUCUCAUAUCUAAUUUCCUUUUGUCAUCCUCCAGACGCCGCGCUUUGGAGGAAAAAAGCAACAAAAAAAGCGAGGGUUUCAAUCGUCUCGACAUAGAUUCCAUAAAAAAAUGAUUGCUUUGUAAAAGAAAAAAGGAAAAGGUGAAUUUUUUUCUCGCGAGAAUGAAUUUCGAGAUAUGUUUAGAGAGGGGGAAAAAAUUUUUGAAUCACUAAAAAAAAUAUGAAACCUAUGUUUAGAGGUGUAUGAUAAAGAAUAAAUUAUAGGACGAACUGAAAAAAAUUUUUCAAUAGUAGUUAUCAUUUAAAAAAACAAAAAAAUAAAAACCGCUCUAUGAAUGAAAAAAAUUGUUUUGUCUCUUCUGCAAAAUACAGAGUCAAUAAUGAAUGUCGCCUAUAAUUAACAUAUUGUCCGAUCGAACGAGAGAUUUCGAAUGAGUUUUCAAAACGAGGAUCAAAAUCGUUGAAGAUUUGAAACUUUUAGGUGGAAGAGUUGAACAGAAUGAAUUUAGUAGUGAACUGUUACAGCUAUGCGUGGAAAUGACGCCGUCGUCGGGGCAGGUGAGCCUCCAAGGGCCCGACGGGAUCAACAAAGACUUCACCUUCGACGGCGCCUACUUCAUGGAUUCCACCGGCGAGCAGAUCUACAACGACAUCGUAUUUCCUCUCGUCGAGGUACUUGUUAAGGGGAAUCUCUUUUGGAGCUGAAAUGGGAGUGUUAAAGUUUGAAAAAAAAAAGAGAAGUUCCGGUGGUUUUAGGAGGGAAAGUAGAUGUCAAUGAAAGAGAACCAAAAGUGAAAAAAUAAAACCUUUGAAAUAAAUAAAGGUUUUUUUGAUCUUGUUUUUUUCUUGAUUAAAAAAACUCGAAUUUUAUCUCUUCAAGAGAAGAAAGUUAGGUGUAGAAAAAAAUUAUUUCUUCAAUUAGUAGCUUUGAAAUAUAUUAAGAAAAACUUGUUUGAAGCAGUCAAAUUUGUGAAAUACGUUUAUGUGAAUUUGUUGUGAAGAUGGUUAUCAAAGAAUUUACUUCUUUGAGGUCAUUUACUGGACUGAAUUUUGAAAUUCUUUCUAAAUAAGAAAUAGUUGAGCGAAAAAGAUGGAAAGAUAAGGUUUGAAAGAAAAAAAAAAAAAAUCGAAAAUUGACUUUUGAAUGAAAAAAAAAGAACUGCGGAAAAGUAGAACUGGAAUAGUUUUAGUAAAGAGCUAACAUUUUGUCAAUAGCUCCAAAAGCCAAAAAAAAUUGCGCCUCAGAACGUUAUCGAAGGCUACAACGGGACGGUGUUCGCGUACGGUCAGACGGGUGCCGGGAAGACUUUCUCGAUGCAAGGCGUCGCAGAUAUUGUCUCCCAGAGAGGCGUCAUUCCGCGGGCCUUCGACCACAUCUUCACCGCCACGGCCACCACCGAGAACGUCAAGUUCCUCGUCCACUGCAGCUAUUUGGAAGUUAGUGAAGGCGUCGGAAAUCGUGAGAGAGUCUUUCUUGAUUUUUCGGUAGGGGAAGGUGACUUGAGAUGAGCUAUGAGUGGAGAAUGUUGGCAUUUUUAAUUCAUCGUCACUUCAUUCAUAAAUUUAUAUUCAUUUUAUCUCUCUUCUCAGUUGAAGUUUUUCAUCGUAUUUGAAACUUUCACCUAAACGUUUGAAGGAAAUUUUUUUCCUCGGCCUUUUUUUGAAAAAUUUUAUCAAGUUCAAUCAUUUCUUUUUUUCCUUUUUUUAUUGAAGAACUAUUUUCAGAUUUACAAUGAAGAAGUACGGGAUCUGUUGGGAGCUGACAACAAACAGAAGCUCGAGAUCAAGGUAGCGAGGAGUUGAAUCGAAGAAAGAUUGGGACUCUCAGGAACACGCCGACCGGGGCGUCUACGUCGCCGGCCUUUCCAUGCACGUCUGCCACGAUGUGCAGGCUUGUAAAGAACUCAUGGACCGGGGAUUCAACAAUCGACACGUCGGAGCCACGCUCAUGAACAAGGUUCUUGAUCUCCUCAACGAUGGGCCUCGAAGUUUUUGCUUCCGUGGAGUCAACUGGAACCUUUUUCGGUCCUCUUAACCGAUCUAGAACUGCUUUAUACCAUAAAAUAUGGAGUAGUAAACGCUGCGAAUCUCCAUUAUCAGUAGAGAAAUAAGGAUGGGAUUGCUGCUGUUUUCUCAAAAUCUGGUUUUGACUUACGAAAAAAUAAGGGCAAAAAUGCGUUCUGAACCAGUGACAAAGAUUAUUUCUCAACUUUACUACUUUGAAGGAUUCCUCCCGUAGUCACUCGAUCUUCACAGUUUACGUGGAAGGCAUCACAGAAAGCGGCUCGAUUCGAAUGGGAAAACUGAACCUCGUCGACUUGGCGGGAAGCGAGCGACAGAGCAAAACUGGUCCUGUUCUUUAUUUUUGUGUGUUAGUAUACUUUUAAUCAUCAGUUGGAAUCAGAUCAGAUUGGAUUUUUAUAAAGACUCGGUUUUUUUAGUGAAAAAAAAUGUCAAAUGUUUUCAGCCUAAUACGUAAGUGAUUUUGAGGACAGAUAGUUUUAAGAAAAGGGAAUAACAAUUAAAAGAAGGGAUGAAGAUCAUUUUGCUUGGAAAACUCAUAUUUUUUCGAUCCGAAUCCAUCUAUUGGAUAGUUCUGACUAAGAUUUAGUUCCACGUUGACAUGUUAUGUGAAAACACCGAUAAGGUGUUGUUUUUUCUUGAAUACUCUAUUCUCGCUUAAUUUUUUGAGAGCGAAUUUUUUUUUAAAAUUGGAAUUCCUCAGUAUACUUUCGUCCUAUUUUCCAGGAGCUACGGGAGAUCGGUUCAAAGAAGCGACCAAGAUCAAUCUCUCAUUAUCAGCCCUGGGAAACGUUAUUUCGGCGCUGGUGGAUGGCAAGUCCAAACAUAUUCCUUACCGCGACUCCAAACUCACGAGACUGUUACAAGUUGGUUCAUUCUGUUCACUUCCAAAAUCUUUUUUUUUGUUUUUAGGACUCUUUGGGAGGCAAUACAAAGACUAUCAUGAUCGCCUGCAUCUCACCUUCUGACAACAAUUACGACGAGACUUUGUCAACUUUGAGGUAUUUCUUUUUGCGACCUGUUCGAGGAGAAACAUAGAAUGCGUACUUAUAAAUUUGAUUUUUCAAAUUACGUAAAGUUUGAAAAUUUUUAUAAUAGUGGAUACCACGAAGCUUUUUCUAUUUUCAGUAGAUUUUUCACAAUAAGAAAACUUUGGACGUGCUCGAAUUUCCAAAAGCUCAUUACACUAUGUCUGUACUGCAUGCCAGUGAUUGAUAUCUUUUUCCUAUACCUUCCACUUAGUUUUAUGUGAAAUUUUUUUCAGAUACUUGAAAAGUGUCCUGCUUCAAAAGUUCUGGGAAAGUCUAAAAGUUUAUUGAAAUUUUCUGUUCUCUGUUCUCAAUAUUCUCUAAUAUCAUAGUACCUACUGAAAUUUUGUUAGAAGUUAAUGUAUUCUCUUUUCUAGAUAUGCGAACCGAGCGAAGAACAUCCGAAACAAGCCAAAAAUCAACGAAGAUCCGAAAGACGCACUUCUACGAGAAUAUCAAGAAGAAAUCGAGCGACUCAAGGCGAUGGUCCAACCUCGCGCCGCAGGUUUCUUUUUGAAAUCACAUUUCCAGCCUGUUUUCGGUUUACAGUACAAACGAACGUGGAUUUGGAAGAAGAGCGGGCCAAACUGCGGGCUGAGUUCGAAGAAGCGAUGAACGAAUUGAGGUUUUUUAGAAUGAUUUCUGCUGAAAGCAAGUUGCAGAUGCGACUAUGAGAAGGAGCAAACGAGCAAAGCAGAACUCCAGAGAGAUCUCGUGGCCCUCAAGGCCGAGUAUGAGCGGGUCUGUUUUAACCCUUUGAACAAAGAAAAAGAAUGAGAAAGUUAUUUAUGCUAGUUUUCAUCCUUUACUUGUAAUACAGCACGUCAUAAGUAUAGGAUCUCGGAUGAACUCGAGUCUAUACGGGAAAGCGAGCGAAAUAUGUUUUUUCUAUUUUAAUAGAGGUAACCCAACCUUGAAGUUUAGAUUCUCAACGAACCUUCCUAGAACUCUAAUUAAUUAACUGCUACUUAUGAGAAACAUAGUUAGAUACAUUUUUACUUUUUAUUUAAGCCCUUGUUUUUCGAAAAAGUUGAAUUUUGACAGCCUUCGCAGAUUGUUGAGUGCACGAAAAGAAUUCACAAUACGACUUCAAACAUUUGAGGUAAUAUUUGGUUAUAUAUGAAAUUGUUCAGCCAAUGUUCAGAGUAUUUCCAAUCCUGAAGUGAAAUAAUCUCUUUUUAAUAAAAAAAAAACGAAUAAUAAGUUGUCUCCCCAUGUAAAAAUAUUUGAUGUCAGAAGCUUACAGGCCAGCGCAAAUCUGGAGAAUAUGGGUAACUUGGAUCCGGAAGAAGCUGCCAGAAAACUUCAGCAGCUUCAAGAACAGUUUAUUGGCGGAGAGCAGGUUCAUACUUAGACUUUAUUCUGUCUGUCCAUUUUUGAUGCAAACACUUUAGACUUUAUGAUUUGAUGAUAACUUUCCUUCACCGAUGGAUCUAUGUAUUAUUGAAUGAGAUCCUUUCCAAAAUCAGCAAAAAGUUUGGAUAAAUAAGAGUUUUAGAUUAUCCUUAGUAAACUAAGGAUGGAGUAUGGAAAAUGAAUGAUUCAGGCGAAUAAUGUCCAGCUGAAACAAAAACGAAUGAAGCAGUUGCACGAAGCCGAGACGAAAACACAGAAACUGGCAGGUUUAGAGAUAAAAUUGAGUCGGAAAAUCACUUCGUCGAUUUUCAGCCGCUUUAAAUGUUCACAAAGAUGACCCGCUCCUCCAAGUGUACAGUUCAACGCAAGAAAAAUUGGACGCCGUUUCGGCGCAACUGGAAAAAGAACAAAGACGGGUACUCUUUGGAAUGAAACUCUCAAAAAACCUGCACAUAUAACUUUAUUCUUUAUACUGAAGCAGUUCUCAGAGCGGUCAUCUCAAAACGGCAGGAAAUCAACCAUUUGAGGAAAAAAAAUUAACAGUAGAAUAUUCUAGUGAUCGGUUUGUGAAAAAAAACGCCGGCUAAAACGGAAAACUGUGCUUUGUAUAUGAAACCAUGCGGUUUCAAUGAAAAAAAAUUCGCCUCUUUUUUUCAUUUUAAUGUUGACAAAGAUAAUGAGUGUAAGGUAAAAUUAACGAGUUGAGCAAAACAUAUCAUUUUCCUUUAUAAUCUUCCGCUCUUUUUUGUGGGGAAUUCUUGAUUCGUUUAAUCAAUUUUUUUUUUGAGGCAUUCUAUUUCCGCUGUUUGAGGUAAAAGCAAUGGAGCGAGAAAUCGAGGAUCUACAGAGCGAAUUCGAACUCGACCGCCUAGACUAUCUCGACACGAUACGGUACAUUUUUUAGUUUGAAAAUUUUUUUAAGCUCAUAGUUUUUGCAGAAAACAAGAUCAACAGCUGAAACUGUACAUGCAGAUAAUGGCCAAAGUUCAACCGAUUCUGAAAAAGGCAAAAUUUUCUUUUGUCAUUUGAUUUAUUUGCUUUUCCCAAAAAGUUAUAUCAAUAUUUAUUAUACGAUGAUAGGAGCAUUUUGUAGGAUACAAACUACAGUAACCUUGAGCGAAUAAAGAAAGACGCGGUUUGGAAUGAAGACGAAUCUCGUUGGAUUCUGCCCGAAAUGAGUGUCAGCAGGACGGUUCUUCCUUCGGCAACCAAUGGCAAGUUCCAAUUGAACAAUAACUUAAUUUUUAAAAAUAAAGGUAUAUUUUGAGUUCAUAACGUAGAAGAUGUUCCCCUACAUCUUCUUGUCAAUGUGUGUAGCGGUAGAAGGCGAAUCGGCUUAAAAUCUUCAUUUGUUAGAAUAGCCAGAUGGAAAUACGGCGUUACAAGAUCUGUGAAAAAUUAAAGAGUUCGGAAAAAAAAAACCAAGACGACAAUACCCAAUUUUUCGGAUAAUUUUUACGGAAAUAGUUCAAUAAUUCUCUUCCUCUCCAAAUAUUUCAGUUAAAAAAGUCCUUUCGAACAGCAUUUCUCAGGAAAAGUUCGAAAAUAACUAUUAUUUGAGCUUUUCCGAUCUUGUUUUCUAUUAUAAUUAAAAGGCUUGAGUAUUUGAAAAGGAACGUGUUUUCAUUUAGGAUUCAUUUCUUCUUUUUCUAAUUUAAACUCGUUCAGGAGCGAUGUCAAGCCCCAACAAGACGGAAUCGACGCUUCUGCGGACGGCGUACGACGACGAAGGCUCCAAGUUGCGCCGUCGUCUGGCGCGCAGCGAAGAGGAGAACCUCGCCAACAACUACUUCAAGCCGGUCAAGCAGUUCAACGUCCUCAGCAAGUACCAAGGCGACCAGCAACGCAACCUCGGUUUUCCGUCCACCGAAAACUGGCUGUAGCUGUCAUUGUUCAGACGUGAAGUCGUACUUCCCGAUGAAGUCGUCAACCUUCGACGGACUCAUCAACGGCGUCGUCUACACGGACGACGUCUUUGGACGGACGCAAAGCGCCAAGCGACCCGCUCGUCUCGAGUCUCUCCACAAAUGA